AUGGGAUUCGAUCUAGCUACUUAUUCCUUUGGAUCAAAUGGUUCUUUUUACAAUAAAAACAAAAAUCCUAGUGUAUUUUCUUUCAAUCCAAAAGCCUACUAUCUUGUAAUUAAGUUCCCUACUUCAGGAACAUGGAAGAUUUUUUAUCGGUUGGUUAUUUUGGCAUUGUUUGUGGCUUCAUUACCAUUGAUAAGUUCAUCAUUUGGUUCAAGAAACCCUACUAGUCUUGAUAAUGCAGCCUCAAACAACAUGGAGAUUCUUCCACAACAAAAACUUAGUAAAUUUGAUCAUCCCAUCAACAUGGAACAACUUUUAUCACUUCUCUUCAGCGACCUAUCCAACGAAGGCCUUGUCAAGAAUUCGAAACAACACAAAUCGGUUUUCCUUGGAGACAAAGAACAAGGGUUUCGUCAGUUUUUGAGUCUCAAAGAUCAAUACAAAAUGGAUUACAUUCCGUUAAAGGAUGUGGAGAAACAAAAAUCCAUUCUCGAUAAUACAGUUGAUUUCAUCUUCACGUCGGACUUUGCGGCUUCAUCAAAAUUCAUUGAUAGAGCUCUAAAAACAAAUGGCAUUGCUGCAGUGGUGAUUCUAAAUGCCGCCGCGUUUAACAAACCCUCAAACUACAAGGUAGCAUACAUGAGAAGGUUCGAGAAAGUAGUAAUGGCAAUGAAGAAGGUACCAACUUCACCAGUUACCGAAACAAAUUUGAAAGUUGGUGUGCAUAGAAAGUUAUUCGGCUAUGCAGCCGAGGCAAAGAAAGCAGCACUUCAGAAACUCGAAGAUGUUCUCCUCGAGCCUCCGCGUGCUGCCUCUGGGAAAUCAAGGGUGUAUUUGAAGCGUACAAAGUUUUUACCUGAUUUAAUGGGUGACACCCUUGAAAACUACCCUCGUCGAGUUUUCAUCGACGUAGGGUUGCCACAAAAAGACGGAGGUAGUGGAACUCAUUGGUUUUCAAAGAAUUAUCCAACAAGGAACAAGAAUUUUGAGAUGUAUAAGAUAGAGACCGUCACGGAGGGUUCAACCGCAGCUCACGUUGAGAUGUCAGAUUGGUUGACGAAGAACGUAAAAGCUGACGAGUACGUGGUGAUGAAAGCCGAAGCCGAAGUUGUUGAGGAGAUGAUGAGAAGUAAGGCUAUCAUGUUGGUGGAUGAACUUUUCUUGGAGUGCAAGCCACAUGGUUUGAAUUUGAAACAAGGGACUAGAGGUAGAAGGGCUUAUUGGGAAUGUUUGGCUUUGUAUGGAAAGUUGAGAGAUGAAGGAGUAGCAGUUCAUCAGUGGUGGGGUUAA